UGAAAAAAAAUGCCUAAGUCUUUUCCCUAUUAUGUACAGUAGACUCCCAUUUUCAUCUCUUUCUCUCUCUGUCUCAUUUUCCUUCGUGCUAUACCCAUUUUCCCGUCCCAUUUUCCUUUCUCUUCCUGCUAUACCCAUUGACUCAACCUUAUCACCACCUCCUCCUCCUCCUCUCUCGGACCGAACCACCUCCUCAUCUCUCUUUUUUUUUGGAGUUCAUCUAUCACCGAGACAUUGGCAGAAGUUUGGUGGGGCUCGAUCGGCGCAGGCGGAGUGGGCUCGAUUGGCACAGUUGCAGAGGGCCAGGACUUAGGGACUCGGGGAUGACUGCGGAUGGAUACAAUGCGUACUUUCCUCAAAAGGUUUCUCUUUCCUUCUGCGCUUACCAUUUUUUUUCUUUCUGCAUCUCAUUUUUUGUUUCUUUUUUUGAAGAAGAGAUUUCUUUGAUACAGGGGAUUUUCAGAGUAUAUGAUUUCGGUAAAUGAAUUGGCCUAUCAAUAGCUUUGUAGUGACAUUACACUGGAGUUCAAUAACUGCUCUAAACAAGUUGGUAUCCAUAUUCACAUCCCAAAUUUUUAAAUCCACAUAUAAAUAUAUGUUUAUAUUCUGUAUUUAAGUUUGUGAAGCGGGUUUCUGUGUUUUUUCGAGUUCAGGUCAUUGAAAUGGACAAUGGCGGAACCGAGCGAGUUGACUCAGCACAUUGAGUCUUACGUUGACACGUCUCACUCCCAGACUCAACAGGCUGCAAGUUUGGAUUCUAUCACUUCACUCGUUAAGAAUGACUUGAUAACUAUUGAAACACUGGUCAAAGAGAUGGAAAUGUAUCUGACCACUACAGAUAAUGUCAUUCGAGCUAGAGGUACCCUUCUUCUUGCGGAAGUUCUUGGACGUCUUGCUUCAAAGCCACUAGGCAGUGCUAUCAUUCAUAGCUUAAUUGGAUUCUUCACAGAUAGGCUGGCAGAUUGGAGAGCAUUACGUGGGGCUCUUGUUGGGUGCUUAGCAUUACUGAGGAGAAAAAGUGAUGUUGGUGUAGUCUCUGCCACUGAUGCAAAAGCAGUUGCUGAGGUGUACUUAAAGACCCUACAGGUGCAGUCUUUAGGUCAGCAUGAUAGGAAGCUUUGUUUUCAGCUUCUGGAAUGCGUCUUAGAAUGCUAUCCCAAUGAGGUUGCUUCCUUGGAUGAACUCCUUCUAUAUGGAAUCUGUGAAGCUGUUGAUGGAGAGAAGGAUCCUCAUUGCUUGUUGCUAGCAUUUGACAUCAUUUGUGCACUGAUUCGACUAUUUCCAGAUCCUAAUGGGUCGCUAGAAAAUUUUUCUGGAGAGCUUUUUGAAACUUUGAGCAGUUACUUUCCCAUUCAUUUUACUCAUCCAAAAGGAGAGGACACUGAUGCCAAAAGAGGUGAUCUUGCAAGGGCUCUAAUGGUAUGCCAUAAUUGAAUGUGAUGCUCCAUUGUUAUAGUAUUUGUAGGUGUUGAAUUUAUCUAUGCUCUUUGUUAUGAUCUUCCGGUUACCAAACUUUAUCAUUCUAACAAUGGAGCACUUGUAAUACCCAUGGUAACAAUGCCGUAAUUGGCAUAAAGCACUUGUAAAUUUCAUGGUCUAGUCUAUCACAUAAAAUGGAAAAUUAUCUUUCUUUUUUUUUUUUGGCAUUCUCUCUUCUGCUUGAAUUAUAAAUCAUUCCUUAAUAUUUACACGUAUAGUUCUAUGGAAUCUUUUUGCAUGACUAGAUUAUCUUUAUUAAGUUAUUCUAA